AUGGGCUUCGGCGCGGACGUGCUCGCAAUCAUCGUCGGCUCGGCGACGACGAUGCUCCUCUCGACGACCAUGGUUGUUGCGUCGCUCAAGGCCGGAAUCACGCCCGGGGUGAGUCCGCUGGUUGUGCUCUUUUGCUGGGGCGUGCUUGGCAAGGUUGCCCAGGGCGCGAACGGCCCUCGAUUCCUCGCGCUGGCGCAGGUCACUGGCUCGGCUGCGAUGCCAGUGGUAACUGGCUGUGUCUUUGCCGGGCCGCUGAUGCAGGUGCUUCACCUUCAAAAGGCACAGGCAGCUCUAGACGAGGCGGGCAUCGACUGCGACCUCCAGACGAUGGAAUGGCAGGCGGCGCAGGGCUGCAUCGACGACAACCUGCCACCUGACAAGCAGCUGCCCAAAGUCAACAUCGGCAUGACAAUCUGCGUGUGCCUCGCCGGCUCCGUUUUCGGCCAGGGCGUCGUCGGGCUCCUCACAAAGAGCUUGCUGUCCGACCCGUCGUUGCCGGCGCCAGAGGCUCAGGCGUGUGUCACGCUGAUUAAGACAGCGACGGAGCCGCAAGGGAGGAGGCCGGCAUUGUGUGUGUCGCUCCUCCUUGCCUGCCUCACCUCGCUCCUUUCGCCCCUGCUGGUGUACUUCUCACUCGCCAAGGCCAACGUGACCCUCUUUGCGAUGGAGACGGCCGCCGGCAAGGCCUUCGAGGUGCAGGUCCCCUUCUCGCCUGUUUACAUCGGGAUCGGCGCCCGCUCCCGCCUGCCCCUCGCUGGCUCCCUGCUCACGCUUCCAACCGCGCUCGUCAUCUUUGGUGGUGCGGCCAUCCGCCUGAUCAUCGAGUACAUGCUCGCCGAGAUGAAGUUCUCCGACCCAGAGGCGGCCGUUGACUGGCCCUCCGACUCCACCAGUUGGAUUGGAGGCGGCGCGAUGACGGCCGCGGUGAUAUACGCUAUGCUGCGCUUUCUCAGCCCGACGGGGGCCGCCAUGGUGGACGAGCUAUCCAAGAGCGAGGCGGAGCUGCUCUCCCUGCCCUCUCGAGUGGUGUCGCUCUUAUGGGUCGCCAUCGCCGCUGGGUCCUGCUUGAUGGGCCUGCAAAUCCUCCUCACAGACGGCCCCAGAGGGAUCCUCGCCAACGGUGGCCACACGGUAGGCCUCGACGGCUUCACUAUCACCAUGCUCGCCGCCUUUGUCUUUAUGGCCCUUCUCAUGUCCGCGCUCGGUGCCGAGGGCGGCGCCGUCCUCUCCCUCCAGAUCGGAACGUCCGCGUCGCCGGUCUCGGGCACCAUCUUCAUCACCGCCCUCGUCUUCUGCCUCCUAUUGCUCGCGUGGGGACGCAACGCCUUUUCCGACGUCGAGCUACUGCAGAACGUCCUCACGGGCACGUGUGUCGCCGUAAGUGCGGCCAACGACCUCAGCCAGGACUGCAAGGCGCUGCAGCUGUGCGGCUUCCCGCCGCGCUCUGGUUUCGUCGCGCAGCUCAUCGGCGGCCUGGCCGGCUCAAUCGUGGUGCCGUGCGCGCUGUACGUCGCCGACGACGCGUAUGGUCUCGGCACCGAGCGCUUGAUUGCGCCGCAGGGCCAGAUGUUCGCCACGCUGGUCGACGGGCUGCUGCUCGCCGCGAAGGUCCCGUUCAAGCCGGUAGCCGUCGGCAUUGGCAUUGGCGUCGUCGGCGUCCUUGCGGAUUUCCUGGUGUCGCGCGAGAGCAUACAGAUCCCUGCGAUGGCCAUGGCGGUGGGGCUCUACCUCCCUGCAUCUCUCGGCAUGGGCAUCCUUGUCGGCUCCUUGUGUCGAUUCGCGGGCGAGCAGGUCCGCAUGUGCACCAAGAGCUCGAACGAGGCGUUCCUGCGCACGCACGAGUCGAUCCUCGCCGCGUCUGGCCUCAUCACUGGGUCCGCCUUCCUCGACCUCUGCCUCGGCAUCGGGGUGCUGGCCGGCUUCAGCACGGAGCAGCUGAGCCUCUUUACGACCUCGGGCGAGGAAGGGAAGGCGCCGCUCCCCGAGGUGCUCCAAACGGUGCUCGCGAUCAUCGGCAUCGCCGCCCUCGGCGCCAUCUCCUUCUUCAACUCGCUGAACGGCAUCGCGGACCACACAGUCGAGAAUGGCAAGGCGGGGGGCUCGCUGCAGGCGGGGCCGGGAGCGUCGAUGAUGUGA